AAUGCCGCUGGCUGGUGGCAUUGUCAGUUACGCUGUAACCUCUGCAGAGGAAAUGCUUCCAAUUGAAUUUCAAUCAUUCACCCAAAAACACAAAGAGCUCCAGGCUCUUUGAGGCCUAACUCAGCGCAACUGAGAGAGAGAGAGAGAGAGAGAGUUCAUUAGGGAGUAGAAUGGACGAACCAUCCGUGAUUUUCCCCGUCCAGUCCUCGAUGACAACGGCGAACCAACCCGGGCAGAAAUACGAACAUAAGGAAUGCGGGGCUGUCCCGUCGAAUUUGGUGACCAACGGAUGUAUCGAUAUCUGGGGGAGGAUCGCUGACAAGCAGACAACUGGAGGAUGGAAGGCGUCUCCGUUUAUCAUAGUGAACGAAGUGGCGGAGAGGCUGGCAUUUUUCGCCAUAGCGGUGAACAUGGUGGCGUACUUGGUGAUAGAGAUGAGGCAGUCCCUCCCGACAGCAGUGACUCACGUCUCGGACUGGAUUGGGGCGGCCUACAUUCUCACCUUGCUCGGCGCAUUCUUGGCCGACUCCUACUUGGGCCGCUUCAGGACCAUAAUCUCAUUCUCUUGCAUCUACGCUGUGGGGAUGGUGCUGCUCACACUCUCGGCCUCCAUCGACGGCCUCCGCCCUGCACCCUGCACGGCCAGGCCGUGCCCCAAAGCAACUUCCGGUCAGACAGCCUUCCUCUACGCCGCUCUCGCCCUGAUAGCCCUUGGGACAGGCGGCAUAAAGCCCUGCGUCUCCUCCUUUGGAGCGGACCAGUUCGACGAGUCCGACCCCCGAGAGGCGCACAACAAGUACGCCUUCUUCAACUGGUUCUUCUUCGCCAUCAACAUGGGGGCCCUCUUCGGCAUCACUGUCCUCGUCUACCUCCAGGACGAGAAAGGCUGGGUCUGGGGCUUCGCGGUCCCUACCGCAACUAUGAUGUUCUCCGUAGUGAUCUUAAUUGCUGGGGCCCGGUACUACCGGUACCAGAAGCCCAUGGGAAGCCCGUUUACGAGGUUCUUUCAGGUAAUCGUGGCGGCAACGAGGAACCACUUCGGAGGGGUCAAGGUUGGGAACGGGACAGUGCUCUAUGAGGUCCGGACCCGGGAGUCUAGCAUUAAGGGAGCUCGGAAGCUCGCCCACACAAAGCAAUACAGGUUUCUCGACAAAGCGGCCGCUCUAACGGAUCCGGAGAACGCGAACACAGGAAGCCCAUGGAGACUAUGCACAGUGACACAAGUGGAAGAGCUUAAAUCCUUCAUAAGAGUCCUCCCAAUUUGGGCCUCCACAAUAGCCCUUGCCAUCUCCUUCUCCCAGAACUCCACCUUCUUCGUGAGCCAAGCCGCGAUCAUGGACCGGAGCAUCGGCCCCCACUUCAAAAUCCCUGCCGGGUCCGUGCCCGUCUUCGGCGCCAUAAACGCCCUCGUGCUUGUCCCAAUCUAUGAGAAAUGGAUCGUCCCGUUCCUCCGCUGGCGCACGGGCCACCGCCGGGGUAUUUCAUCCCUCCAGAGGAUGGGCCUCGGCCUCAUAAUCUCCGUCAUUGCUAUGGCCUCGGGGGCCCUAGUGGAGAGAAACCGGCGAAACGAUCCAAACCCGAGGGCCGUAAGCGUGUUCUGGCUGUUUCCCCAGAUUUUCCUAAUGGGCAUGGCUGAAGUGUUCACAUACGUCGGGCAGCUGGAGUUCUUUUAUGACGAGGCGACUGACGGGACCCGGAGCAUCAGCAGCGCAAUGUUCCUUUGCGAGUUUGGGAUCGGGAGCUGGCUCAACACUGCAUUGAUCAAAAUCGUGGGAGGCACGACAGGAGGGGAGCAAAAGGGCUGGCUAAGGAACGAUCUUAACAGCAGUCGACUCGACUACUAUUACUGGGUCCUUACCGGCAUCAGCGCGGCCAAUUUCUUUGUUUACCUAUGGAUUGCGUGCAGGUACAAGGGCAAAAGUGCAGCAGGCGCGGGCGUAACGGAUGAGAGUUUGGUCGAAAUGGGCAGCCAAGGAAGGGUUCAGAAUGGUAAUUAGGGGACCUUAUUAUUUAUUAUUUGUAUCUUCUUUUUUUUUGACAUUUUAAUAUGUUGGAGUGUGUAAUUGGAUUUGAAAAUCCAUUUAAUGGAAAAUUUGAGCACAUCGAAUGUUGAUUACUAGAGAUAACAAUAUAUGUUGUUUACUAGAGUUAGCAAUUUUUUUUAAUGAAAAAUGGACCUUAUAAAUA